CACCACAUUUGUAGCUUUGGCAACACACGUGUACAGCUUGUCCUACCAAGAAAGAGAUAGCACUAAGUUUCGUGGGCCCUGGGGCUAAGGGCGUACUAGAUACAGGUUAAGUAGAACUAAGGGGUGGGAGGAGGAGCAAAGAUCAUUAAUAGAGACGCCCAGGGAGGCAGGCUCUGGCGGCUACACUUUUAUCCCUCCUCCCUUAGCAAACCUCAGGGCAGCCCUGCCUGAGCGAUCGCUGUUUAGUUCAGGCACGAUCCCCCACCCUUGGUGUCUCCUCUUAGGGAGGGUUAAUUUCCCCGUGUGAGCUCCAGCCGCUUUGCAGCCCGUCCCUCAGCCGGGACCCUGCUACCUGCCCCUCACCGGGAUACCGGAGCAGGGAGCUCGGCGUCCUGAGAUGCCCUCUCUGGAGACACGGUAGAGCAUGCCUGGAGCUGGGAGAGGAGCUUGCAACAGGAGAGGCUGCGGCGUCCCGUAGCGAUGCCUCGGAAGGCGGAGAAGUUUCUGCAGAUCGCCCCGCACUCCCUGGCCAUCGUCCUGAGCCCCGGGGCUGCGCUGGAGGCGGAGGAGGGGCGGGAGGACGGAGAGCGGCGGCAGCCGCCGGAGGAGCCGCCUGGCGAUGAGCCGCCCCAGCUCGGGCGCCACCACAUCGGCUAUGAGAUCUUCGCGGACUUCAAGCAGGAGAACAUGCAGCACUUCUGGAACCCGCGCGUGACGGCGGCCGUGGCCGAGACCUUCUUCCUGGGCUGGCUGGACGAGCAGGUGCUGCUGAUCCAGGGCAAGGAGGAGCACCUGGAGGUGCUGCGGGAGGGCUGGACGCGCCGCUCCCUCAAGCCGCCCGCCGGCUUCCGCAUCAAGUGCCUGGGUUCAAUGAAGGAUUCCCUGUACCAGGCUCUUCCUUCUGAUAUAAUGGAUAAACUUUAAUGCAUUUGCCAUUCCUUAAAUUGCACAAAUCUCUGUACAAUGCCAAACCUGUCCUGAGCAAUGAUAAAUAGAUUGUAAAAUUUGCAGUACCUGACUGAGUUUAUCUUGCAUGCUGAGAUAUAUUUCAAGGUAUUACCUUUCUACCAGAUAAGUGCAGCAGUACAAAGCCACUCUAGUUAACCACUUAAACUUUCUGUGCCUAUUCUUUAUUUAGUGGUGCUGUGCACUGAAAAAGACAAUUUUUAUAAUUUUGCUUUCAACAUAUAUAUCCAGCAGUGUUUACUAUGAACGAAAGUAUUGUGGUUAAGUGCCAGGUUUGUGUUUUGAUUUGGAUUUUAGUAAGUUUUGAGUUUGGUAAGCAGUAGAAACUAUUGACAUUUAAUUGUGAUGUUCCAUUUUAUCUAUAUAUAAUCUCAGUAC